CGGUAAUAGACCCUAGAAGCACUGACUCUUUAGUUCCUAUAAUCAAAUUAUAGAUAGAAAUGUCUUUCGAAACUGGUGAUAUUUGCAGCUUCUGUCUUGGUGGAGAGGAUGACAUUCCGCCUUUCGGUAAAGCCAAAGACGCUAAAGAACUUAUUCAACCUUGUUCCACUUGUACUAUGACCACUCAUAGAAAAUGUUUACUCGAUUGGUUUAAUUCUUUGUCUCCCGAUUCUAUAAAGAAAGUAUCAUAUUCCGAACGAGUAGCAGAAUUUGUUUCUCAAGUACAAGAAGAACGAGAUCAUCGUCGUAAUCAACACGAACAUGAACUCCAAGAAGAAGAAACCGAUAAUGGAUCAAGCAAUGAUGAUGAGGACCGAGAGGAGAAUUUUGACCAGCAAAAUCAACAUCGUAGAUUGGCAGAUGAUUGGGACAAUGAUUUAGAUCAAUCAGAUUCCGAUUUUGAUGAUAUUGAUGAAGAACGAGAACUUAUUGCUAGAUUAUUAAAUGCAUCGAACCCUGCCAAUGAUAUCCCUGAUAAUAAUGCCACCACCACUAUAGAUAUCAAUAUCUCCCCAGCACUGAUUAAUAGGUGGUUUUUGAGCUUGGCGUCCGACAUAAGAUUAGACUUAAGAGGAUCUUCUAAAAAAGUCCCAUUCGAUGACUCAACUAUCCUUUUAACAACUCCUUGCCCUCAAUGCAAGUCUAGGAUAACGGUGUGUAUCAAGCGUUCUCUUUUGCUUACAUUAGCCUCUGCUUUCCGAGGGGUGAUUAAUACCGGUAUUCAAUCCUUUGGAGUAAUGCUUGGUCUCACUGGUGCAGCAACAGGUGUUAUAACUUUAGGUUACGUUGGAAUUUCAAGAGUAGGUUUAAAUAUACUUGACUGCUUAAUACCUUCGCCAUUAUUGAUAUCAAUGUUGAGCAAAAGGAAUAGUACUACUUUAAACUCAUUAAGAAGUUUCUUCCCGAUUAAUAAUCAGUCUUUCAAUACCAUUGAAGAUAUUGUUACAAAAGGAGUAAUUGAUCAAUUCAAAUUUAGCCAUAUUCCCAUUUUGCCAAUUAUUCUAUACAGAAUGAGAUCAUCAUCUAUAAUGGAUUGUCUUUUUAGCAGACAGAAAAAUAAUAGCAUGAGCAAUUGGGUAACGGAAUUAAUGAUAUCUAACUUCAUUUCAUCACUAGGUAAUAAUCAAUUAAUUAAAAGUUUGUCUCAGAAUAUCGGUCAUAUAGGUAGAAAUUUAAAAGAGCUUCCCUUAAAGUCGAUUCCUUCAUUGUUAACUCAAGGUAUAAAUAUUUGGGAUCCAAAUAUUAUAAUCGGUUUGCUAAUUCCAACAAGAUGGGCUUAUGAUUUCUUAUUCAGACUUAUCAUUAACACCAAGUAUUUUGAUUACAUAUCAGUAAUUAAACCAAGACACAUAGCAAAUAGUGUUACAGAUGCAGAAUUAUCUAAUUUGGAAGAUUUACAAUACGACUUAUUGCAAGUGAAAAAAAAAAUUGAAAAAGUAUAUCAAGACUCAAAAUCUUCUUCAAAACAAUCAAAUACUUUAAGAGCAAGCCUCUUGAACAGCUUUAAAUCCAAGCUUAUUUUCAUUGGUAAGAUUCUCAGUUAUAAUUAUAAUUCCUCAAACCUCAACUUACCUUGGGAAUAUGUGAAAUUGAAAUUGAAAUAUUGGUUUUAUAAAUCAAAAACAUGCAUGCAAACUGAUUAUUCCACCAUUAUGAUGCAAAAUUCUUUAACUUUUAGAAGUCUCACAACAUUUAUUUGGCCAGUAAUAAGUGGAGAAUUGGGAAGAUUAAUCAACAGCUUCAUUUUGAAUCAUGAUGUUUUCAAAAAUUUGAAAAACAUUCCAAAGGUAAAUUUGAGGAUGAUGUCAAAUGUUAUAGCCCUUAUAUUAGUUGUUCUAAUUAAGGACUUGAUUAAUUUAUACAUGGUUUCAAGGAAAGUCAAGCAGUUGUCGAAGAUGGCUAUUGUUAAAAAAACGAAGAAGAAUAAUAUACAGAAGACCAAUUUACCUGGAUCAUAUCCAAAUUAA